AUGAAAAAACAACAAAAUAUUAAAAACGUCGGCUAAUUUUAGCCUAUCUGCCUAUCUUUAAUGUAAUUUUAAUUAUUUAUUAACAGUGUAAAAUUUAAUUUUUUAGAAGCGAUGCCGAAAAAAGAAGAAAACCCUUUUAGUUUCAAACACUUUCUAAAAAAAGACUCUAAUUACUCUCACGCUGGCGCAAGACCCAAAGUUUACUCCAGCCGAGUGAAUUCUCUGGCCACAAAUCCGGUGACAGCUGACAGCGUAGUGACCGAAACAGACGGAAUCUAUGCAAGAAACCCAACGGAACUUCCGGAUUUCGUCCAGGACCACCUGGUGAUCGAGCAGUGCUACCUGAACCACCAGGACGCGGCUUCAGGGACCCAGAUGAUCGCUGACAUCGACAACCUGCCGGACUUUGCGCUGAACAGCGUCGAGUCUCGGCCAUUGCGCCACCGGAAUGAGCAACAUUCGGUGAAGAAGCACGACACUGUUGGCGACCUGCCAUUCGACUUGACUACGGGGAACGACAAGAGGAACCUCGAUGGCUACCGCAAUCUGAACCACGGCUCUCCGGACAGAGAGACCAUCAGAGAGCCGAUGAACUUCCCUCUAGACCUGCCCUUCGCGGGACCUUCUUCAGACCAGGGUAAUUCUGUCCAAAUUAAUUCUAAUGAAAGUAUCCACUCUCUGGGUGGCGAUAAUGGGAUUCCCAAGUCGCUCCCGGAUUUUCUCAAUGAUGGACCCAUCAGGAAUAGAGUUCCUUUGCCGGAUAAUACUGGGAAUCAUAUUGAAUCUUCACACCCGCCUCUGCAAAUGGAGAUUGAGAUGCUGAGACAUAAUCUGGAGAUUGCUCGCAGGCAGAAUAGCGAGAAGAACAGGAGGAUCCAGAUGCUGGAGGCUGAACUUGCUUCUAGAAGAGCUGUGGAUUAUGAAGAGACAGCGCAUUUGGAGAAAGCUAUGGAGCAGGUUGAGGAUAAUCUGAAACGGAGCACGGCGGAAAUUUCGGUCCUGAGAAUAGAAAACAGAGAAUUAAAAAAUGUCAUGGGAGCUGGCUGUAGUUUCACCUCCAGAGAUGGUGACAAAAAAGUUCUAAAACUGGCUGGUGAUCUAAGAGAAGCUGCUUCAUCAGCUGAAUCUUAUCUCAGACAACUGAUGUCAGGAGUAGAUAAUUUAAAAAUAAUAGCUUCAACCCUGGAGAACUUGGACAGGAUAGAAGAUCGAACCAAAGACUUGCUGCCGGACUUUGACGAAGACAACGCCGCAGGACCGGCAUUAUAA